AGGUGAAGGCUCUUAAAGAAGAGGAGAAGAUUGCAUUGGAGAGGAUUGAAGCUGAGUACAAGGAGCAAUUGGCAGGAUUGAGGAAAGAUGCAGAGGCUAAAGAACAGAAGUUGGCUGAGCAAUGGGCUGCAAAACACUUGAGCCUUACUAAGUUUCUUGAGCAUAUGGGUUGCAGAACCAGAAUUAGUGAGUCCGGUGGGAGGUGAGAGACCAACCAAGCACAGUUUUAAGUUUUGUAAUUGGCUCUUGUUUUUCUUCAUGGGAAAGCGAAAUCAUUCCUUUUUCAGUUACUCUUUUCAUAUUUUUACUUCCAUUUUGUAUCUAUUGACAUAUCUGAAACUCUG